ACGCAAUUCGAUUUCAGUCCAUUAAAUUGAUAAUAAUUGAUAGUUCUUAAUAAAGUUUGGAUAUUAAAUAAUGAUUAAUAUUGAAAUGAGUUAUUACCGCGUUUACGUGAUCAAACCGUCAUAUCGAAGCUUGACAACGAUAUCAUUAAUCUUCGAAGGGCAGGAUCAUCCGUGCAAUGAAAAUAUGAACAUUUUUAUUAAGUCGCCGGCAAGGCCAGCGGCACGCUAUUGAAUCGGCAUUGGAACGACACUGGGAUUUCCUAUCUGUCGAUCCUUACUAAUGAUUCUGAUCCGCCUGAGUCUGGUUUCACCGGUUUACGUCACCCUGAAUGUUUCGUAAUAUACGGAUGUUGCGGGUAUCGCUUCACGUGUAUGGUCAAAACUACGGAUUUAAGCCUUUAAAGCGCUUUAUAGUGAUAACGUUUUAACGAAUUUCUUCAUAAACUUUUAUAUAAUACGUACCCAUUAAAAAAAAACUUGAGAAUGAAGACUAAAAACAAAUAUUUUCUUGUAACAGAUCGCCACAGAAGAUCAGGAUCCCUUGACGAAGCAGCUGAAGACAGUAGCGACAAUGGCGGCAGUACGCCGAAGAAAAAAACAGCCAUCGAGGAACAAUGGGAGAGGUCAGGUGGCUUCGAACUCACCUCCGUGGAACAGGAGACUUACGAGAAGUACUUCUACGGAACAGAACACUGGAACUACUUCACAAACGAUGAGGACCUGGGCCCUGUUAUACUGUCCAUUAAGCAGGAGACGCUUAAUGGAAGGGACCAGUUCAGGAUCCUAGUCCGGGCAAUAAGCUACACAGUGCACGGGUUGAUCCCGGCAUCAUGCGUGUUCGCGGACCGGUACAACCGCGAGGAGGUGGUGCGCUCGCUCGGCAAGGAGGUCAACAUCAACCCGCCGCUCAUGCUGGGACAGUUGCCGGACACGCCUGAGGAACUGCUCAAACUUGACCAGGUAUUUAUAAAAUCGGAGUUGAAAGUUGGUGUCAUAUACGUGAAGGAGAACCAGUACACAGAGGAGGAGAUCCUGGACAAUAACGAGAAUUCACCGAUGUUCGAAGAGUUCUUACAAGUUAUGGGAGAGAAAGUCAGACUUAAAGGUUUCGACAAAUAUAAGGGCGGUUUGGAUACGGUACACGACUUAACUGGCCUGUAUUCCGUAUACACAAAUUGGAGAGGAAUAGAGAUUAUGUUCCACGUGUCAACUCUAUUGCCAUACGAGAGACAUGACCCUCAGAAGUUACAAAGAAAACGCCAUAUAGGGAACGAUAUAGUAUGCGUCGUGUUCCUGGAAGCCGAUAAUACGGCCUUCUCGCCAGCCUGUAUCAAGAGUCACUUCCUGCACACAUUUAUCUUAGUUCGAGUCUCAGCAAAAAUCAAACGUCGACCUACAAGAUACGAAGUUUCGGUUGUCACUCGGGAUGAAGUUGGUGCAUACAAGCCUUACUUGUGGGAGCAAAGUGUAUUUGACAAAGGCCCCAUGUUCAGGGAGUGGUUACUGACUAAAAUAGUCAAUGGAGAAAGAGCUUCUUAUUCCGCACCGAAAUUCGCCAGAAUGCAAGAAAGAACUCGUAGUCAAAUGCUCGAAGAUAUUGUGGCUAACCUGCAGAACCACGCUGAAACGGGCCAAAUACCAAAACCUUACCGGAGAGGUUCGUGGCGUCCCAUCGGUCAUAUGCGACCAUCAUCGCCCCUCCUUGACUCAGUGCGGGACCAGUUUGAAGACUACGAUCAGCUCGCUAAGGACUUCACCAGAGUGUUCCUGAAUAGUGAACUGAAUAUGGCGCAGAAUGCCCAGCUUUUUGAUGUGGUGUUCCUGGUAGGACAGUCAAAACAGAAGACCAAGUUUAUUGGUGUGAGAGCUAUUCUCGGAGUAAGAAGCAGGGUAUUCCAAGAGAUGUUAUACGGCAUCCAGACCGGGUUCGGGUCACCGCAGGUUCCGGUCGCAGAAUUAUUGGCUCGUCCUGCUCCCACACUGCUAUCUCCAACUCCAGCCAGACAGAAGAGCAGUAACUUUUUACAAGUACCCGAUAUUGAAUCACCAAGACCAAAAAGCGUUCCCAGUUCGCCAAUGGUAAAACGAGCCUUUUCUCGACUGGGCACAAUUACAGCUGGUUGGGGACGAUCCAUUCGUAAACAACAUUCACAACUCAACGCUGAAGACAAAAAGAAAUGGGCAAGUUCACAGGACUGCUCAAAUAAAGAGGGAAAGGAUAAAGAUAAGGACAAAAACGCAGCUCUUGCAGUACCCAGGUUAUCUGUAUGCGCAGACGCACAAAAAGUUGAUCGUGCAAAAUUAGCACAGACUGAGUUUUCAAUAAUCGAAUUCGAUCCCGAGACAUUUCGCAUUCUCUUGGACUACUUGCACACAGGCAGCUGUCCGCUCACAUGUGCCUCCAUACCCGGCCUCAUUUGUGCUGCGGAGCAUUACGACUUGCCUGAACUACUGCAAGCGUGUUUCCAUCACGCUAAGCAGUUCCUUAGAAUAGAAGUGGUAUGCACGAUGCUCAUAUCAUUAGAGAAUUACUACUGGCGAUAUACGUCAGCUUCGGAAUUGGUAAAUAUGAUCCUGGCCUUCAUUGAACAGCGAGCCUACGCUCUAUUCCAAACACCGGAGUUCCUCAACCUGUCCGAGUCUAUGGUACAAAUGAUCAUGUGCCGCAAUCUCGAGGUUCCCGAAGUGAGGAAGUUCGAGGCAAUGCUCAGCUGGGCCCGGAAUAAAAUCAAAGCCAAGUCCGCUAAUAAGACUGAUGCCAAAAAUGAAUUUAAAUGCACUAUGGAAAGGCUAGCUAGAGACCUGAAGCUGUACAGGAUCUCCCCGCAGGAAUUGAUCAAAGUGGUGCUCCCGUCGAAGGCUAUCAAGAACGAGCGCAUCCUGGAGACCCUGAUGUACCAGGCCAACUCGGGCAUGUACAGGAUUCAGGACAGCUACAUCGAGGCUUGUCAGCAGCGGCUGCAGAAGCAGGACUCGAGGUUUUCGGAAUUCGAAAGUUUCGACUAUGGUAUAUAAAACUUGGAGCUGUGAGAAAUAUCAGUGUAUUAGAUAGAUUACGAAGAGUGACUGGGCUGGGUCCUUCUUAUAAUGUGGUAUGUUGACGCCUUCUAAAAGUAUUAUUGUUAUAGAUGUACUCGAGUAUUGUAGAGGUGCGAGAAAUAUUUGUACACUUCUCGGAUACCUACUCCUUGUUGUUGUUCAUUGAUACCUAUAUUUUUGACAUCUAGCUAGAUGUGUUCAACAUAAUCAUGUCUAUUUUUGGUACCAAAAUUGCGUAUAAAACGAAUCGUAUAACGUCUGGCGAAUAAAUUUUUACACAAUAUUGUUUAUAUCCAUGUUAUACAAGUACUCAUAGCACAUAGUCUAUUUAUUUUUCCUUCUAUGUUCAAACACAGAAGUGAUUCAGUAGAUAUUACUUAAUAAUAUACUGUGUGUAGUUAAAUCGUAUAACUGAUCAGAUUUGAAAUAAAUGUAUAUUAAGAGAUAACCUGUUGUAACCCAGUAAAGAAAGACGGGAUUCUUCUUUUAAACGACUGAUAACAAAAAACUGUUCUUUAAAGAUUUUAAUAUAUUAAAAUAUGUAUUACUAAUGUAACUAUUGUAUCACAAAUACCUGUCCCAUGUACAAGCCCUUCGAACCCUAAUAAUUAAUUUAGCAAAGUUAUCAGUAGAGUAUUCAAUACCUAUAUAAAUAUAUGUGUCUGUCUCGAUGUCGAGAAUUCUUCAAAAUAAUAUAAUAUAGAUACUGCUCUUGCCUUCUGAAUUGUAUGGAAUGUUAUACCUACCUAUAUGUAUACUGUUGUUGUAUUUAUGAGAUAAGCAAAUAUUUCACAAAAUUGUCACCAAUUUUUCGGUGAUCAUAUAUUUAAGCAUAUCGUAUAAAUAAAUAUAUGGUGAAUGUCUAAUUUGAUUAAUGUAAACCUAUAUACGUUAGGAUUUGUAAGCGGGUAAUACAUUUUAUGAAUGUCUUAAUACCUAUUAAAAUUGGUGACAAAUUUAUUUUCGCACAAUUUUAAUUCACAACCGGAGCUUUAAUUUGUCACUAGCGCAGUGCUUUAUGUAAACGAGCACAUUGAUGUCUGACAAAAUUAUUUAUUUUAGAGUUCUUUAACGUCGUUCACUGUGAAAAUAGGUGUAGCAACUCCAUUUUAUUUUUAUUUCUGAUUCUGUUAAAACUUAAACUCUUAACUGGAUAUCUAAGCUGAACACGAUUGUUGGAAACGAUAGAUAUCCAAUAGAAAUAAUAUUUGGGUACAAGACUGGAGAACUUCUCAGUUGACCUGAAGUGAGUGGAAGUCUAACACUGAAUACACUACACAAAGUUCUUUUUGUACCCAUAAAUCAUCAAAUAUAUUUUAAAAUGCUUUAUAGAAAUCCGAAUGUCUAUUAAUUGGUGUAAUUUAAUUAUAUUAUUAUUACUAAAUUAUCUUCACUAUGGAUCGUUUUCAAACAAACUUCUAUAUUGUCAACCUAGAGACUUAUCUGUUGUUUGAUUUCAUUUGAUGUCUUGUUUAUUAAUUCUGAAAUAAUACGGCAUUUCAAAUCGAAACAUCUUAGAUCAAAUAGGUGGUAACCGUUAUAACUUUUACUUGACAGCAUUUAAAUUAUUUAUGUAUUUAAAUUAAAUGCAUGGUUACAUAAAAAUAAAACGAAAACAGCUUAAUAACAUCCAAUCAAUUACAGUAAAAUAUGUAUUAAACUCUCUAUAAACGGUCAUUUUUGCAGACGUUGCUCAUGCGGAUAUUGAUUUCUCAUUUUUGUCAUAUAUUUUUAUACACUUUCUCUACCUCAUUUAAACUUAUCAAUAUUGACUAUAUUUAUCAAAUGAGCGUACAAAAAAUUGACAAAGUCCUCUAAAUGUAUCUUUUACAUAAGGCCGUUCGCUUUCAGGCAAUUUCAUUACAAAUGCAAACCUAGCUGUAGUUUCUGUUUUUGACGGAUCAUGGGACCCUUAGGGUGAACGAAAACUAGAUAUAAUAGGGGAGCCGACAAUAAGGGUACCAAGAUAUUGUUAGCGUAUUUUUGUGACCCACAUAUCCUUUUGUCGAAUAACCAGGAAGUUUCAAACUAUUGCUCUCAGUGCAGCAGUGUACCAAAACAAUCAAAUAUUGUUUUUACAAAGGCCACUGAUAAAAAAUGGGAAGUCAACAUUUUUAAGGAUUACCCGAUGCGGUCGUGUACCGUGUUAUCAUGUAGUAAAUUGCAAUUGAUAGCUAAUUUUGGCCAACGACCAAAUGUAAAUGACGCAUCCAGUAACUAUCUUUUACGUAAAAUAUUUUGUUUGUGGACGUUGUCAGCUCGUCACAUACGCGCAAAGCUCUAAUUGCGAAAAAAACACUGGUUUGUGCAGUCUGUGCUUAGGAUAAGUUAAACCUUAUGACACAUACGGACUGCAUAGAUAUACUUUAUUGUAACUAGAACUGUUUAGGUAUCUUCGACUCAAUCUCACUUAGAUAAGUGUACUUUAUGUUUGUUUUGAACCAAGAGAAUGUUAUAUUUUAUCCUACUUUAUAAUCUUUAAGACCCAUUUCUCUGAUUUGUCUACUGUACUGUCUGUGUACUUUAUUUAGCACAUUAAAAUUGUUCUAUUUAUUUCAGGAACGCAUUCCUGAAACGAAUAUUUAUGAUACUAAGAACGAAUCGGUUCGGAAUAAAGUUGUCUUAUUAUAACCCAAAUGUGUUCCAUUUAGAUCAUAAACAUUUGCUCUUUUUAGCGUUUCGCACAAGUUUUAGCUUCACGUCUGUAUAUUUAUCUAUUUCUGAAUAGUUUAGGUGCGCUGUAAGAAUGAGAAACUGUUUUUGAUUUUUUGUUUCCUUUAGCCACUAGAUGUCUUAAUAUGUUUAUAAGUGUUAGCGUCAUCCCAGCCUUAGUGCCAAGUUCGAAUCAUGUGCGCACUCGUCGUCUAAAUUAAAAAAUAUAUGAAAUGGGUCUUCUGAAUCUUGAUGAAUCAUCUAAUAAAUAGGUGUUAAUAUAUAAAUAUGUAGCCUAAAUUCAAACAAUUCUAACGUUCUGGCGAAUGACGAGAAUAAAAGUUGAAUUGUCGGUAAAAUUUUUAUACUUAUGAAAAUUAUACAUGAUAAUAAAGUCUUCUAUUGUCAAUAAUUUUAUAACAUUUAGUUGUAACUUUGCUCAAAGCUUCUAUUGGUAGAACGCCGAUAUAUAAUAUUCAGUGGAUGUUAAUAUGUAUUAUGUAAUGCAUGAAAGCCCAAUAUCUUAUGAGUUUUACAUAUAUAAUACUCAUGUAUAUAUCCUUAGGUUUAAUUUGUAGGAACACCAAAUAUUGACGUGUCAAGUUCUUCGAUGGUUCAAUAAGUUUUCUAUUCCAAAAUUUUAACCUUCCUGUGAUCGUGAAUGUUGCUAUAAGUAUGUUAAUAUGUGGGAUCUUCAGAGAAUAUAAAAUUAUAAUUAUAACUGUUAUUUUGCACGAGCAAAGCAAGAUUAUUAUCCAAUGAAAAUUUUAUGUGGUGAAUAAAUUUUUUUGUGUAUUUUAUUUGGUGUUUUAUUAUUUUUGCCAAAACUCGGAUAAGGACCUAGCUAGACACGAUAGAAAUUGUUUUGUGGUAUGCUUUCUACCCCUCAAAUGGUCAAAGGGUAACAUCGUUACUAAAAUUUCGAUGAUACUAAUUUGUUUCACAAGCAUUUCACGUCUCAAAGAAUAUGAUAGCAAAAUCGUGAUUGACGUUUCUUGCUCAUAUACUUCUGGCACCGGUUUAAUUAUAUUAAAUUACUAGAAAGGCAAUUUGUACCUCCAUUGGACACCUCAACGCCCUCGUCUUUGCUAAUGAGGAGCGUUAUACCAAUACCCUGUUAGCCAUUGACUGGGAUAUACGAAAAAGGGAUUGGAGACCUUUGCCUGACAAUCCUACAAUGUUACAGUCGUUUAUAAUAGUCGUGUGAGAUUUGCAGUGGUGAUCAUAGAACUCAGUUUUAGCAAAAUUAAAUUCUAAAAAGCCUUGCCAAAAGAUAUUAGUAGACAAAGUCACGGGUGAAGAUUAGCACUAAAUAAUAACAUGCUUGCCCACGCAUUAUAACGCCAUCUAACUAGUUCUACUAUUUCCAGAACCGCUAAAUACGUAACCCUCCGCUACAAAUGAGAAGUCGGGUAAAAAUAAAGUAGGUUAGGCAAAGUUUAUUCCACCGCGCGCCACCAAUAUAUUUGUGGUAUUAUAUUCCGAAGCGUUUCGCUUUCCGCUGCGCAUAAGUUUGACAAGUGCGUCAGUGUAACGAAACGUGAUUGGAAAGUUCUUCACGCCGCCGCGGGGAGCGCUUGUGCGCCAGUCUUCUUGCAGCGGGCGCGCGGCCGGCUGCUUGUUGCAGUGCGCGGUACGAACUAACACACGCGAGUUCGCGGUCAUAGGCUCGAAC